AUGAAUUGCCUUUCGAUUAACAUUCGAGGGGUCGGGGUUUGUGGUAAAUCGAGUUGGAUCAAAAAGCUCAAAAAUGAUUUUGGGAUUUCUUUCAUUGGUAUGCAAGAGUCUAUGGUUAGCGAUGUUCAAUCGGCUUUGGUUUCCAGUUAUUGGGGAGGUUCAGGUUUUGAGUUUGAGUUCGUCAAUGCGAAUGGAAACUCUGGUGGUUUAGUAAGUAUUUGGGAUCCUAAAGUGUUUAUGAAAGAUUUGGUGACUAAAGAUAGUAAUUAUCUUCAUGUGGGCGGGUAUGGUUCUGGCUGGCUUAGUGAGACUAAAUUUGUUGAAUGUCUAUGCCCCACAAAUAAAUGUCGGCAAAAGAUUGUAUUUGGUGAUUUUAAUGGGGUGAGAGAUCAGGAAGAAAGAAAGAAUUCGUUUUUUGAUCCGGUGUGCAACCGUGACUUCAAUGACUUCAUCGAUGAAGCAGGUUUACGUGAAUAUAAUUUGAAAGGGUUGAGGUAUACUUAUAUGUCAAAUAGAAUAGGUUUGUGCACGUGGAGUAGAAUUGACAGGUUUUUGGUUUGUGAAAACGUUUUUAACAAGUGGCCGAAUAGAAACUUGUCGGAUCAUUCUCCUCUUGUUUUUUCGGUCUUCGAUUCAAACUUUGGUCCUAAACCUUUUAGGAUGUUCGACUCGUGGUUGGAUCGACCUGGAUGCGUUAAUGUUGUUACUUCGGUGUUCGAUAGUUGGAUAAAUAUAGGGGCAGCCGACUCUAAUCUUUUGAAUAAGUUGAAAAAGUUACGAGGAUGCUUAAGAGAUUGGUUCAAAACUUAUAGUGCCAAAGAGCAUGAGGAUAAGGCUCGUUUACGAAAAGAAAAAGAGGAACUCGAGGUGCAAAUGGAGCUCAAAGAUCUGGAUGAAGCGGAUCUUUGGAUUUGGUCAGAAUGUAAGAAAGCGAUCGAAGAUAUUGAGGUUCAUAAGGCGCGUGAUCUUAGACAAAAAUCUCGCGUUAUUGAUACACUUUUGUGUGGACGCAGCACGUUCAGUUCGAGCCUUUAA